UAUUGUCAUUUUGGUCUGGUGUCAGCCAACAAUGUCGAAGGAGAGCCUUACCGGCACAUCUCAGUCCCAGAGUCAGUCCCAGUCCCAAUCUCAGUCCGCCUCAUCCUCCAGCGCCACGGGAUCGAGCAGCCUCUCCUCAGCAGGCACUGUCAUCCUGGAUUCCGCCUCAACCCAGGAUCUUGCUACCAUCCCAGAAGUGGAGGAAUCGCCUAAACCCUGGGGUCGCCUCUGGGCGUUGGAGAAAGGAUUUUGGAACUUCGAUUGCUUAAAUAAUGAAUACUGGUUCGGGAGGGAUAAGUCAUGUCACUACUGUUUUGAUGAUCCUGUAUUGAAGAGGAAGGAGCACUUCAAAUCGUAUAGCAAAAAGCACUGCAGAAUAAUCAGAGAAAAGGGUCCUGGAAGCACCUUUGUUGUAUUUAUUGAAGAUCAUAGUUCGAACGGUACCUUCCUAAACGGUCAGAUAAUUGGGAAAGAUCGAAGAUUUCCAUUGUGCAAUAAUGCUGAAAUAGCAAUUAAUCAUGAAUUGCACAAAGUUUUUGUCUUUUCUGAUCUCACAACUGAUGACCAAUUGAACCUACCAAAAGAGUUCCGGGAUAAAUACAUCAUCUCAAAACCUCUUGGCUCGGGUGUGUGUGGAGAAGUGAAGCUGGCAUUUGAGAAGGCAAACUGUAAGAAGGUAGCUGUGAAGAUUGUACAUAAACCAAAAUUUGCACAACUUGUGUCUGAGCAAGGAGAUGCUGCUGCAAAAUGCUCCACUUCAAAUGUUGCAACAGAAAUUGAGAUUCUAAAAAAAUUGGACCAUCCUUGUAUAAUCAAGAUUGAGGAAGUGUUUGAUUUUGAAGACUCUUUCUACAUUGUAUUGGAUUUGAUGGAAGGUGGAGAACUUUUUGAUCGAGUGGCGCGCACAAAAGGAUUGAAAGAACAAACAGCCAAACUGCUGUUCUAUCAGAUGCUUCUUGCAGUCCAAUACCUUCAUGAUAAUAACAUCACACACCGAGAUCUCAAACCAGAGAAUGUAUUGCUUGAGAACAAUGAGGAGAACUGCCUCAUUAAGAUUACAGAUUUUGGUCUGUCAAAGAUCUUAGGGGAAACAUCACUGAUGAAAACAUUAUGUGGAACACCCACUUACCUAGCUCCAGAGGUGCUGUUGGGUGCAGGAGCAGGCGGGUACUCCAAAGCGGUGGAUUGCUGGAGCCUAGGGGUGAUACUUUUCAUGUGCUUGGGUGGGUAUCCACCAUUUAGUGAUCAAAUCAAGGACAUGAAUCUGAGGGAUCAAAUCAUAAAAGGGCAUUACAGCUUCAUCUCACAGUGCUGGGUAAAUGUCUCUGAAACAGCAAAAGACUUGGUGAAGCAGCUGCUUAACGUGGACCCAAAUAAAAGAUUCACAACAAAGGAUGCCCUUAAUCACUCGUGGAUGCAGGAUGAGGAAAUGAAGAGAAAGGCACAGCAGCUGAUGGAUACUCGGAGGGAAUUAAUGUUGCCACGAAGCACAAGUGAUCAGCCAUCAACUGGUAUAAAACGGCCACAUGAAGAGGACUGUCCCUCAAAUACUAAACGACCCAAGUGCUCUUCAAGCAAAACAGUUACUCAAGAGUAGGGAACCUAAAGUGGAUGCAGCAUAACUGUUACCUCCUGUGUGUGGAGUCCCCAAAGAAACUGCUUCAUUUGAUUUGCUCUGGGUGUCAAUGACCCAUUUUAGACAAAAUGUUUUCUGUGCUUUGCGUCUUUUAUGAAGCACAUUCAUUCUAUCAAUGCAUCUAGAAUUCUUCCUAUAACUUGUAUUACAAAUUAAAACGUUUCCAUUUGGUUUUCAUUCUGUGCUCUCUAGAGCCCAAAAUGGGAGAUGGUCAGUCAUUAUACCCAUUAUAUAGAUAAUUUGUUUUAUGUUAAACCUCUACACCUUUUACAUGCUUUAUACAUUGUGCGAUUUAAAUAAAAGUUUUGGUAUAAAUACUAAGGCAGCUUAAAGAGCUUAGUGUUGCUCUUACACAGAGUCAACUUUAGCUGGUAAAAAUGUUAUUGAUUUAUCAUACUGGUCUCUUUUAUAUGUAAAAGAAGUAGAGUGAAGUGGGACUCAAACAUACUGCUGAAUGUUGCACUACCUCACAAAUUUCCCAAAAUAAUUGAGAGAUGGGGAAUAUAACUAGAUUGUGUGAAGUAUGAAAAACUGAAUAAAUGACUAUUCUAAUUGCUGCACUGAUAAUCAAAUUUGGCUUUAAAGCUGUCAACUGACCAUGUGGGCUGGAUCCCUAGGUUUCAUUUCUGAUAGCAGCCUUUGGUCAUGGAUAGCAAAGGCAAAGACACUUUAAUAUAACGUGGGAAAUGGAGACCUUUCCCUUCCCAAGGUAUAAUUUUUGCCCUUUAUGAAGUUUGGUUCUAAAGCUGCAAAACUACCAUUUUAAGUGUUUUUUUUGUUGAACUGCAGAUGCUGCAUUUAAAUGAGUGGCUGUCCUUGUUCAUCCUCAAAUUUCUAUAGAAGUGGAUUUGUUGGUAUCCCAGUGGUUUAGUGGGUAUAUCCACCAUCCAUCCAUUGCACUGAGCCAUACAGAUCACUAGGAUCCCAAGUUUUGCUUCCUUAGUCUGUCCUGAAAUUAAGCGGUUGCAACCAGGUAGCAGUAGGGUUACUACAGCUGACCUUGUCGUCUUUAUGCUGGGAAGAUGGGGUUUUUGCCCCUGAUGGCUGACUGUUGCUGAAAAGUUUGCUUAUGAAGCUUGAGUCAUGUCGGAUCGACCCAAGCUAUGAUGCUGUCUAAUAGCCUAGAUUUGCUGACCAGACUGGCAAAUGAAGCUAUGGCCCUUGGCUGAGAUACUGGAGGUGUACUUAUGCCAUGUGCAAAUGUAUACUACCAAGAGACGGGGCUUUGAGACAAAUGUGUGGAGUGCCCAGGGUAAAUUUUGACUGAGGAAAAAAAUCCAGUGUGGGUAUUUAAGGCAAUAUGCAAAGGAAAGCCAGCUGCUAUGAAUCAGUGUAAUCUUGUUUCUACUGUCAAAUGGCUCAAGUAUGUUGCAUUUGUUUUUCUCACUCCAUUAUGUUAGAGGUUGUCCCCAGAUUUGUAUUUAGCUGAGCUUUUUCACCUUAAAUGAUCAUGCAAACAUAACGAUGUUUUGAUGUCAUUUUGGAAAUCUGUAAGACUAUUCCAUGGUGGAACUUACAUGUAUCCAUUUUCCACCCUCUAUAAUCUUUUAUGAUCUUUCUAUUCCUAAAUAUUUUAACCUGUCUUAAUGACAACUGCACCUUAUGUUGCAACUCUUUAAUCAUCUAAAAAUCUGAUGUGAAUUGUAUAUUCAUUUAGCUGAUUCUGUCUAGUUUUACAGUCCCUUAUGAACUUCCAUAAGUCUAAUUACUUAUCUUACUGCAGCAAGCUUUCCACCUGUUCUUGAUUCUCAUCGUUCCUUUCUGCAUCCUUGUGCAUUUGUAACUUCACUGUGUGGAUCAGUUCUAUUUCUUGCCCUGUUACAAACAUUAGGAUAGUGAUGCUUAAUUCUAUCAUGCUAGAUGCAAAAACUUUCUAGUGUAGCUUCUGAAAUUAAAUAGUAAUAAUUCUGAUGAACAUAAACUUCCUUUUCCAUUCAGUUGCACUUAUGCUUAGAUGGUGUUUAAGGGAGGAGAGUAGCCAUGCUAGCUGAUAUUCUGCUCAUGUAAGUGUAUAUUGAAAAGGUAGCAAACAGCCAGGAGCAUAUUAAAAUGCUUUGAAUUGUACGUGCUCAAGCAAUAUGAAAGUAAUACACAGUAUGAAUGACACUUCACCUCAGAACAUGUUUGUUUUAAGAAUGUUCAUGGAAAGUGUCCAAGACAUCAUGUGCAUUGAGAUUCCAUCUGCUGUAGUUAGAAGUACUUUUUUUUUCAGUUAUUUUGUUUGUGCUGUACCGACUGCACUUUUGUGUGUCAGGGUCAGCACCCUCAUAAAGCCUAUGACAGCAAUUAAAUGUUAUGGAGGGAGAGCUUUUUUUCUUUGGAUUAGCUUUAACCAAGACAAAGAAACAAAAAGAUUAGAAUCGGACUUGAAAUCAGCACCAACUUUUGUGUUUUCUUUUUAAUAAAACUUGCACUUGUAUAGCCAAAACACUAUUAAAUGCUUCACUGAGCCUUUAAAUUUGAUUUUCACUUUGUAGCUAAACCUAGUCAGUAGAGCUAAAAAGCUGGACUUAUGCACAAAUGUUCAAUCUCAAGAUGAUUAUAUUGUAAGAUGAAAGUGUCGAAAUGUUGUCUUGCUAUAUUUUCAUAGUGGUAUAUUGAACUUUGGUUUGGAAAAGCCAGAAGAACAGGAAGCGAGGAUGAAGAAUGUUUAGAAAUGUAGUUAUGGAAAGCCUUAACGUUUGAGGUUUAAAUUGCCCUGUGUUGUAUUUAGUACACUAGUUAGUGUUUUUUCCCCUAAGCUGGUAGAGAGUUGAGUUAGUGUGCUAAAACUGGGGAAAUUAAAUCCUCAUAAGCUGUUUGUCCUCUGCUUUGAAAAUAUUAUUUAUCUAGAAGCCUUGCUUCUACUGUAUGGCUAUUAAGCCUCAUUACAACUGCAAAACAGUUUUUCAAAAGAAAACACAAAGUUGAUCAUUGACCUUUCAGUUACAACUCUAACUGAUCUGAGGAACCCGGAAGCAACCACAGUUAUCCUCCCAGGGAGCUUUGUGGCCUUUUCCAAAAGAAAAUGAGCCAGUUAAGUGUCACAAACCUGCCCCUGACUACUUGUGAGCAGUGCACUUAUUACAUUAUACAUUCGAGCGGUGGUUAAAGCAAGGAGUGGUAGAUGAAAGUUUACGGUCAUGCCCUUGUACAAGCUGAUAUGACUCUAAAAGACAGCUAUUGCUGAGGGAUUGAGUUACAGUUCAAGGAUUUCCAUUUUUAUUUAGAUAUACACCACCUGAUGUGAUGUUUUUGUGAUCGUUGGAUCCAAUAGUUGCUCAAAAUGAGAUGCUACUUCCAGCCUGCCAACCUUGGUUUACAUUGUAUUCUGAGCUUGUCCACAGAAUUGGAGGUGUAUUAUAUAUUUAGUAUUUAAUUUUCUUAUUUCUGUAACUUCUCU